AAAAUGAGUUUGUGGGACAGAGCUGCUUCAUUGGCGCCGAAGAUAAGUUCGACAUCAACACCAACAUUGCUAUCUGUCGACGUUGAAAACCAAGUUCAAGAUCAACCUCGGCAUGGAUCGAUGUCGUCGCCAGUACUACCUCUGCCCACGGCUGCACCGCCUCUGCUCCCCAUCAUUCAGUUGGACGGAGAGAGCGGUUACCUCCGCUGGAAGGAGUCAGUGCUGCUCCGCCUCCACACUAUUGGUGUGGCCGAUGUCCUGACCGAGGAGCCCCCUCCCGACGAGAAGACGGCCGCCGGCAAGCAGUGGGCACACAUGGAUGCAUUGUGCCGUGGCCACAUCCUCGCCACGCUCUCUGACCGCCUCCUUCCGGUCUACGCCCCCCACGCCACUGCAGCUGCCGUGUGGCGCGCCGUGGCGCGCACCUAUGAUCUGGACCUAACGGUGGAUGUUCCGCUUCGAAGCGUGCCCUAUGUGAAGGCCAUCACAUUCCAGUACACGGAGGACGAGCCCGUCAUGGAACAGCUCGCGCUCCUGGAGGGCUUGACCACCAACGCAAAACUCGAUAACUCUACCUUGUGUUUCAUCGUGAAGCAGUUCCCGACAUUGAGUGAGAAGGUCGCCAUGCACGACUACCGUCUGAGCAUGGAGGAGAUCUGGGAGAUCGCUCGGCGGAAGGAGCGGCUGGCCAGGGUACAGGAUAUUCGCCGUGCCAGGGAUGAUCCGCAGACGUCAGACGAUCCGCAGACGUCAGACGGGCAAGGCAGCCUCUCAGAUGGGGGACCGGCGUCCAAAGACGAUGGCGGAGGAAGAGAGGACGGAGGACAUGAUUCAAAUGCGGCGAGCUUGUUAGAUGGUUGAAACAUAGCUUACCCAUGGUGCUCGUGCGUGGGCGUGCAUGCCACAACUAGUCAGUCCGUGUUUGUCUUGUGCGAACCAGAACUAGUUGUUAGCCCCCCCUCUGAGUCGUGCGAUUUUAUUUGAACCUAGUUCUUGUAUAUCACUGGGAGUCUGGAUGGUGAUGGUGAUCUUUUGUUGGUUUGGAACCAGGCUGCGUCCUGGGUUUCCCUAUCCUUUCCUUCUGGCUGCUGUGAUGGCUUAGUUGCAGCUAGUCUUUUGAGCUGCUGUUUGCACUACUUUUCUUUUUAGCUGCUUGUAAGAACUAGUAUGAUGGUUUCUUUUAAUGGGAAUCGAGUGAUGAUCGCUUUUAUGUAUUCUAUUAAAAAAACCUGAGUACUGAGGUACUACCUAUUUUGCCACAUAAUUGUAUCUGUUUACGUUUGCUUUGUGUGAGUUUGUGUAAUGUAAUCGGUCCAACAGAGCCGGGCACAUUGCCAGGGAACGCAGGCCGUGAACUGGUGCUGUUUUUCUUUUCUUCUCACCGACCGUGAACUGGUGCUGUUUUUCUUUUCUUCUCACCGACGGCAUUCAGCCCAUUGGAAAACUCACCAUCGUCAGAUUUGAUUUUCCAAGUACUCACCAUGUUAAUUGGUCGGUUUCAAGCCUCCUUUGAUUCAAAGAAUUUUUGUUCAUAGGAAUUUCGGACUAUUCGAAGAAUUGUUUUUUUUUUUUUACCUGAAGCUUCCUUUGUUAUUUUAGUAUAUGAAACUCAUGCCACUCAAAUCUCUUGUAAAGAAUACUCGGUCUAUCAGCUUUUGCAAUGAGGUAAUCAAACAACUUUGGUGCACACAAACUCAUUUUACGAUUCCAGUGUUCAUUUUUUUUUCGCUCCAUACGAUCCGAAACGGACCGGGUUCCACUAUCACAGAGAUAAACGAACAAAAAAACACAGAAAAAACGUCCACAGUGCGGCAACGGAAAUACAGA